AUAACUUCACUUUGAACAUGGCCGGUGUGAAUGACAGUGAUCCAGUCGAGUCUUCACCAGACUUAGAGACUCAGAAAAAAGAAAUAGCAGAGGUUGUGAAGAAGCCUCUCGUCAAAGGUGAUAUCUGGUAUCUUAUUGAUAGUCGCUGGUUUAAGCAAUGGAAGAAGUUUGUUGGGUAUGACUCAUGGGAUAAAUUUGAAGUAGGACAAGAGUUGAAUAAUCCAGGUCCAAUAGAUAAUUCAAGUCUUUUUGAAGCUGAUGGCAGCACUUUGAAAGAACAUCUUAUUGAUGAGCUUGAUUACACCCUGGUACCAAAAGACUCAUGGUUUAGACUUGUGUCAUGGUAUGGAAUUAUUUCAGACCAGCAGACUUUGUCCAGGAAGGUUGUGGAACAUGGAAUGUUUGUUAAGAGCUGUAAGGUUGAAGUGUACCUCACUGCUUUGAAACUUUCUAAAUACUCAGACCCCCAAACAUUUGUUACAAGGCAGUUCAGUAAGGGAGAUACUGUUGAUCAUGUUGUGUUGGAAAUGAAAAAAAUCUUUAGCAUACCAGAAGAUGCUGAAACAAGAGUGUGGAACAAGUACAUGAGUAGUACAUAUGAGCUUCUCAGUAAUUUUGAACACACUGUGCAAGAUGCUGGCCUUUAUCAGGGACAGGUUCUAAUUAUAGAACAAAAGAAGGAGGAUGGUACUUGGCAGCGUCCAUCUAAAAGUUCUUCCUCAUCAUCAGUGGUGACAUCAAAUUGUGAACAUAGUACUGAAUCAUCAAAUUCCUACAGGUACAGUAGUUAUAGCUCAAAAAACUCUUGGGAAUAUGAUGGGAUGAAGUCAAGAAGUUCUUUGCCAGGCCUCACAGGACUUGGAAACCUUGGCAAUACAUGUUUCAUGAACUCUGCUCUACAGUGCUUAAGCAACUGUGUCCCACUGACUGAGUACUUCUUAGCUGGUAAUUACAAAGAGGAAUUAAACCGUGAUAACCCUUUGGGAAUGAGAGGAGAGAUUGCUAAUGCAUAUGCAGGACUUCUUCAUCAGCUGUGGAAAGAGCAGUAUAGCUCGGUAGCACCAAGGCAAUUCAAAAUGCAGGUGGGACGGUUUGCCCCUCAGUUUUCUGGCUAUCAACAACAAGACUCACAGGAGCUUCUUGCCUUCCUGUUGGAUGGACUUCAUGAGGAUCUAAAUCGAGUAAAGAAGAAACCUUAUGUGGAACUAAAGGAUGCAGAUGGAAGGCCUGAUGCGGUUGUUGCAGAAGAGUCCUGGCAUAACCACCUUCAGCGAAACAAUUCUGUCAUUGUUGAUACAUUUCAUGGACUUUUUAAAUCAACUUUGGUUUGUCCAGAUUGUAAUAAGGUAUCUGUCACAUUUGACCCAUUCUGCUACCUAUCUUUGCCACUGCCAGUCAAGAAGGAGAGAUGUCUUGAUAUUUUUCUGGUGCCCAGUGAUCCUCUCAAGAAACCUACCUUGUACAAGUUAACAGUACCAAAAAUGGGUAAUGUUGCUGAUUUACUGGAUGUUUUAUCAAAAGAAGCCAAUAUUCAGAAAGAUAAGAUGGUAGUAACUGAUGUAUACAAUCACAGGUUUCACAAGGUGUUUUCUCUUAGUGAGUCGCUGACUCAAAUCCUGGACAGGGAUGACAUUUUCAUUUAUGAACUGCAGCACAGCAAAUGUGAGAGUGAUGAAGAUGAUUUUAUUGUACUUCCAAUUUACCAAAGAGAAAAAAGAGCAAGACUGACCAGUUAUAGCUACAGCAGUUCAAACAAGGCUUUGUUUGGACUUCCUCUUAUGGUUUCUGUUCCAAGAAAAAAUCUUACUUACCAGGCAUUGUAUGGCAUCCUAUUGGAUAGGAUGAAACGCUUCAUCACCUUGCCUAAUGGGAACAUGGGAAAAGAUGAAUAUGAGGCUGAUGUGGAAAUGAAUGAGGACAAAAGUGAAGACAGGGAAACAGGGGAUUGUGAGGACACAGAAUUGGAAAAGGCUUACCAAAAUGUACAUGUCAAUGGUGAUGAUAAUGAAGAUGAUAACAAAAAGUCACAAAGUGGAGAUUCUGGUGACUUACAUCAAAAUAAUGACAUCGAAACACAAGUUAAAGGAAAGGCAAGAAAGUCUCUCUUUAACAUGGUACUAGUUAAUUCAUAUGGCAGUGCUGAUAUCCAGGUCUUAGAAGAUGAUGGCAAGCCUCCGAAACUCACAGCACGUUGUUUUCUUGCACUGGACUGGGACUCAGAGAUGAAGGAGAGCUGCUACAAUGAUCAACUUGCUGAGGAAUCUGAGGAGCAUCAAAGUGUGUACAAGAAGCCAGCAUCAAAGAAAAACUCCAUUGCUUUGAAUGACUGCAUUGACCUCUUUUUGUCUAAAGAAAAACUUGGAGCAAACGACCCAUGGUACUGCCCAUCCUGCAAGAAGCAUCAACAAGCCACCAAAAAGUUUGACCUUUGGUCUCUUCCCCAAAUCCUUGUUGUUCACUUGAAACGAUUCUCGUACAACAGUUUUUGGCGGGAUAAACUUGAUGCAGUGGUCUGUUUUCCUUUGAGAAAUCUUGAUAUGUCUGCUUAUGUGAUUAAUAAAGACCAACCGCAUCCAAUCUAUGAUUUGAUUGCAGUUUCAAACCACUAUGGAGGCAUGGGAGGCGGACAUUACACAGCCUAUGCCAAGAACUGCAAAGACUCUCAGUGGUACUCAUUUGAUGAUAGCUCUGUCUCGGCUGUAAAUCAGGAACAAGUUACUUCGAAAGCAGGCUAUGUCCUUUUUUACCAGCGAAAAGAAACUGGACUUCAAGAGAGUUUGGUAGAAAAGGUAACAGAACAUGAUGGAGACAUCGACAUGCUUAAUGAUGGCCUCUAAGAUUGGGAAAGGAAAAAUGGAGUCACACGAUAGGAAUCAUGCUUCACUUCCUAGUUGGCCAAGUUACCUCAAGAAUAGUUUUAAUAAAAAUCCCGCAAGGGUUCUUAGAGAUACGCCUCAAUCAAAACCUAGCGCUUAGUUUACAACGUGUUAGUCCUACAAAAACUGCAAUAGGCCAAUUAAAGUGACAAAAUCUACAAAACAAGGAAGCCAGUUGAUAUACAGACUGUCAUUGUGUAAACUGUGGCACAUGAUGACCAUUUAUUUAUGCGUUAAAAUGAGUUUCUUCUGUUAUAGGUGGAAGCCUUUUCUGUCCCUUUUUUCUUUUUUGGUCAGGUAGAAAUCUCUUCUCUAGUGAUGUAAUUCAAGAUCAUGUGAUCACUUUUAAGUGAGAAAAAAAUUCAUGUCUUGAACAGCAUUUAAAAACUCUGUAAUUGUGGAAAACUGUCCCACGAUUAUCCCUCAGAAUACGGGAAUCCUUUCAGGUCAUGUUACGACAUGUCAUGAGAACAUAGUUGUUUUAAUGGAAAAAAUUAAAUUUGACAGGAAUAAAAUGGUCUACAAACAAAGUUGCAA